AUGGCAUAUAACCAUACAUCGGUGUUUUUGUUUACCGUUCAAGGAAUAUUAGCAUCUUUGACAUGUAGUCUAUGUUGCUUUGUAUAUGCAUAUUGUUGCAAUAAUAAUAAAAAUUUAAACAAUAACGAUACAAAAUGUGAAAACAAAAACAAAAGAAAUAUUUCAAAAUUAAACCCGGAUAUUCAUGAUAUAUCUACCUCGAAAAAAAAAAAAAUUAAAAAUAAUUAUGAAAUUGAAAAUAGUAGUGAAGUAAUAAUAAAUUCAACAAAUAAAGAUAAAAUAUAUUUGUUAAAUAAAAGAAUAUCUGAUAUCAGCUUAUUAAAAUAUAGUGCUAGUGAUAUAUGUAAAAAUAGAGAUAAUAUUAGUAGAGACCAAAAUCUGGGUGUGAAAAGUGGCUUGAAUAGAAAAGAAGAUAACUCAAAUGAAAUAGAAACAGAUAUAUGUUAUAACAAUAAUUUAUCAAAAAAUGAAAAAUGGAAAAACAAACAAAACGAAUGCAAUACUUUAUAUACACACAAACAAGGAAAUGAAACCCCAUAUACAAAUUUAGUAAAUUUUAAAUUAAAGACCAUUCCUAAUGAUUAUUCAAAUGAAAAAAAUAUUAAUAUAGAAAAAUAUAAACAUGGUGAACAAAAUGAUGCAAUUAAUAAUAGCAUAUCCACACAUAAUGAAAUGAUGCAUAUUUAUCCUUAUAUUUUCGAUAAGGGUGUACAAAACUUUUCACCAUUUUCUUGUCAUGUUAAUAAAAAUCCUUUAAUUAUAAAUGAAUAUGAACGAUCUUAUAGAAAUCAAAACAUAAGAGAAAAUAUAUUUGACUCACAUUUGAAGGAAAAUACAAAUUCUAUAAAUAUGAAUAGCAACGCUUCAGAUAUUUAUACUAGGGAAGAUAUGAAAAAAUAUUUUAGAAACAAUGAUAUAUUAUGUAAUACUGAAAAAAAAAAUGCUAUUACUAAUGAAGGGUUAAUUUUAUAUGAUAAUGGAUAUACUAUUUCUGAAAAAAAUAAAACCGAAAAUAUGAUUCUAGACAUAGGAAAAAAACAUAAUAAUACAAUUUUAAGAAGUGAAAUAUCGUAUAUAAAAAAUAAAGAAGAAAUAAAUGGAAUGGAAAGCAAAUUAGUAAUGCAUUAUCAAAAUGGAAUUAUUCAAAAAGAUAAAUUUGUCAAGAAUGGGGUUAUAAAAAGUUUUAGUAGUAUCACAGAAAAAUCUAUUGAAAAUAAUUCCCCUAUGACUGAAAAAGAAAAAGAACAAAUAUAUUUUAAACAGAAAAUAGAACAAAUUGAUAAUAUGAUUCCUUCUAAUAAAUUGAAAAAAUUUCAUGAAGAAAAUAAUAAUCCAAUUUUUAAAACUUAUAAAAAUAUGUUUGAUCAUUUUAAUAAAAGUAUGUCAAAUAAUAGACAGAUAAAUAAUAUAGAAAAAAAUUAUGAUGAAAUUUUAUCAUCUACUUAUGAAAAUGAUAAAAAUGGGAUCAAAUAUGUAGAAACAAAUAUUAUUGAUAAAUGUGAAAACUGCGAUUUAGAUAAGGCAUACCAUUUUGAUACAAAUUAUUGUGAUAUGAAUAAAAGUGAAGGAAUUGAAAAUGAUUAUUCAUUAGGAUGGGAACAAAAUUUUAUAAAAUAUAAUAAAAAUCUUAGUAAUAAUAAAAAAAAUAUUAUUUAUAAUACAUCCAAUGAACAAUAUAUAGAUGAAAAAUAUGUAAAAGAAAAUAAUACAGAUAAAUUUGAGGAUUUGUAUGCAAAUAAAUUUAAUAUCUAUCCCUAUUCUCAUAGGAGUAAUAAAAAAGGGGAAGAGGAAAAUGAAAUAAAAUUGAUUUAUAAAAAAAAUAAUGCCCUUGAAUAUUUACCAGAACCACAAAAUUAUGAUGAUUCGAUAGUUAGAAAUCGAACCAAUAUAUCGAAUACAGAAAAUUGUAAUAGAAAUAUAUCAUUUUAUAUGGAUAAUGAGGAGGGGAAUACUAAUAUGGAUAUUAAUAAAGAGGAUGGUUCAAAUAGUUUAUGCAAUAAUAUGAAAAAAAAAAUAAAAUAUAAAAAUAUAAAAGAUCGGGAAAGACAAUUAAUUGUUGAGAAUGAUGAUAUAAGUAUUAAUACAAGUGAUAUUACUUCCGAAAAUCAAAUAAAAAAAGGAAAAGAUAAGGAGAAGAAAAAAAAUAAAAAUUUACAAAAUAAACCGGUUUUAAAUAAAAAUACGAAACUAUUAAGAAGUAAACAUAUUUUCAAUGAUGAUGGAAUUUUGUCUCAGGGUGAGAAAAAUGUUGAUUCCUCAAAAUAUGCAGAAGAUAUAAAUUGUAAAAAUAUAGAAAUGCUUCAUAAAAUAAAUGAUGACAAUAUUAGUAUUAAAACAUGCAACAAUGGUGAAAUAGAGAGAAUAAAUACCAAGAUAUGUCAAAAUAUGAAAUCUGUAAAAAUGAAUAGAGAUAUUAGAUCGAAAAAGAAGUUUAAUAUACCACUAAAUUCAAUUGGUUCUGUAGAAGGAAAACAAAAAAAUGUUACAAAAAGAUGUGAAAAUGGUUAUGAUAUUUAUUUUUUGACUGAUGAUAAUACUGAUUGCCGUACUGAAAAUAAAGAAAUUUCGCACACUUCAAAUAAAAAAAAAGAAACAAAUAAUAUAAUCCAAAAUGAUAAAUGUGAAAAUGGAAUGAAGAAAAUGAGUUCUCGUAUUAGAAACACAAAAAAUAAAAAUCUAAUCCCCAAAUAUAUGAGCAGAUCGAAAACUGAAUAUAAGUUAAAAAAUUUUAAUAGAAAUUCAAUGAAAAAAAUAACUGAAGAAAACGACGGAGAAACAUGUGAAAGCAACACGGGCACAAUUAACGAGAUACAUCUAUAUGAUGAAGAAAAACAAAUAAAUGAAUUUGGAACAAUUGUGGAUAACGAUUAUGAUAAUAACGAUUAUGAUAAUAACGAUUAUGAUAAUAACAAUUACGAUCAUAACAAUUAUGAUAAUAACAAUUAUGAUAAUAACAAUACAAAUGGUGAUCAAAAAGGAAUAUCUGGAAAAAAAAGGAAUAUGAAAAAUUAUGAAAGAACAUAUAAAUUAAAAAAAGACGAAAAAAAUAUACUAUUAGACAAUGAAAAACGAAAGGAAACCAAAAAUAUUGUCAAGAAUAAAAAAAAUGAAACUUAUAUAAGUGAGAAAAAAAUAGAUUAUAAUAACAAUCAUACAGAGGAUGAAAAAUUGCUUAUUAAAACAAGUAUCAAAAAUAGAGACCAAAAUAUUCAGGUAUGUGAUAAUAUAAAAGAUAAUAAUGUGAAAAUCGAAAAAAACAAAAAAAUAAAAAAAGAAAAAGUAUUCGAAAAAAAAAAUAAAAAUAGUAUUAACAAAAAUGAUAAUGUAAAUGAAAAUAAGAAAUUGUCUAAAGUUCAAUUUACAAAAAUAAAAUCAGCUAAAAAAGAAAAUAUAUUAUAUAAAAUGGAUGCAAUAACAUUAAUAAAUGAAAAACACCAAAAAAUUGAUGAGCAUAAAUGUGCAUCAGGAUUCGCUAUCUUUUUAAUAGAACACAUUCAAAAAAAAACGAAAGAAGAUAAGGAUAUUUUUGAAAAUUUAUUAAAAUUUAUAUUAAAAUUAAUGGAUAUUUAUAAAAUUAAAACAGUCAAUUUUAUAGAAGCAUUUCUAAUUCUAGAAACAAUAAAUUUAACAAUUAUAAGAGCUCAUCCAAUUGAAGAAUGGAUAUUAGUAAUUUUUCAUUUUAUUAAUGGAAAUAUAAAAGAUCAUAAUCUAAAAUUUAUAAUAGAGUCUCUUAAAUUAGAUCAUAUAGAAAUUACUAAUGUAACUGCAUCCUUUUAUAUGAAUAAAAAAAAUAUUAAACUUACUGAAAAAAAUAUGAAAAGAGUUAUUACACUGCUUUCCCAUGUUGUCAGAAGAUCAUCAAGAAUUAAAAUAUUUAAUGAAAUAAAUUCCGAUGUAAAACCGAAGGAAUAUAACACAAAUGAUCAAAUAUUAGGUUCUUGUUGGCAUCCUAUGGAUUCAGACGAAAUUCCAAAGUGA